CAAUUUGAUUGUGUCCUGAGGAAUCCCUGUGACUUGUUGCCGCGAUGGAUUUCUCGAGUCUUCGGGACCAGGUCAGCAACCUGACUUUAUAUGAUCUCAAGGCGGGAGUCCGCAAGGUUCAGAAUGCGGUGAUGAAUUACACGGAGAUGGAGUCGAAGGUUCGAGAAGCGACGAACAAUGAGCCCUGGGGUGCGUCGAGCACAUUGAUGCAGGAGAUCGCGAACGGGACCCAUAACUAUCAAUUGCUGAACGAGAUCAUGCCGAUGAUCUACAAGCGCUUCACAGAUAAGAGCGCCGAGGAAUGGCGCCAGAUUUACAAGGCGCUCACGUUAUUGGAAUUCCUGAUCAAGAACGGAUCCGAACGAGUCGUCGAUGACGCCCGGUCCCACCUCUCCCUCCUCCGUAUGCUCCGCCAAUUUCACUUCAUCGACCAGAACGGCAAGGACCAAGGAAUCAACGUGCGGAACCGAGCUUCGGAGCUGGCGAAGUUGCUGGGCGAUGUGGACACCAUCCGCUCCGAGCGGAAGAAGGCCAGGGCAAAUCGCAACAAGUUCAGUGGCAUCGAGGGAGGCAUGAAUGUCGGCGGGGGAUUCUCGGGAGCCAGCAGCCGCUAUGGAGGCUUCGGCAGCGAGAGCGCGGGAUUCGGAGGGUACAGCGGCGGUGUGUUUGGAGACGGCGGUGGCUUUGGUGGCGCGACGAGUGAAUUCCAAGAUUCCGGCCGGCGAGGAGCGAACCGCUUCGAGGAGUAUGAUGAAUACGACGAGGACGAAGGUGGUGCUCCCCCACGGCGUCGUGCUGCUGCUCCCAGUCCACCCCGCGCGACUCGGCGGGAGCCCAAACAACCCGCAGCCGCCCCGAAGGCGCCCGAACAGGAUCUUCUGGGAUUCGGUGGUGAUGAUGAUGCUGCGACCACGGCCUCGGUCGCUGCUGGGAAGCAGCCUGUGGCGGCGGCGACCAGCGCCGGGAAUAUCUUCGACGCCGGCGAUGACGAUGAUUUUGACGAUUUCCAGUCUGCAACUCCUGCCCCCGCCCCGGUAUCGACUGCGACUCCGACCUCAACAACGCAAUUUGUGGCCCCUCAGCCCGUGUCGGCUUCCCAGGGGAACAACCUGAAUGGCCUUGUCGGUUUUACAUCCGCCACGCCAACGCCGACCUUGAGCAACGUCACAUCUCCCGUCUCACCACCCCCAGGCUUUUCCCAAGCUGCUUCCAUGCAGGCCCAGCAGAAGCCCAUGGCUCCCAAGCCGACCGGCUUUCAGGCAGCCACCCCGAAUUAUUUCACCUCGGUGUCUACCGCCACUACCGCUCAGCCUUUCUCUGGCACCACCAUGGCCUCGAGGCCUGGCAUUCCCUCCACUGCUUCCGCUGCCUCGAUCACCACCAACUCCACUCUAGCCAGCAAGCCGGCCGCGUCCAACAAGUCCUCCUCUGGUGAUGCCUUUGGCUCCCUGUGGUCGAGUGCGAGCGCUGGCGCCGGCAUCCAGAAGCAAUCUGCCCCGAAGGGCCCCAAUCUGGCCAGCAUGGCCAAGGAGAAGGCCAGCGCGGGCAUCUGGGGCGCCCCCGCGCAGCCCAGCUAUUCAUCCGCAUCUUCCACUCGGCCCAGCCAGGGAACAACCUCGGGCAGCUCAGGCCUGGAUGACUUGUUGGGUUGAGCCGGAAGUGAACCCCCCCCCUCCCCCCAUUUGUGUUUGUUUUUGUUCUCUUUUCGUUCUCUUCCCCGUUCGGUGGAUGCUUUGGAUGUUUCCCGCGAUAGCCCCUCUCUGUUAUGAUUUAUGGACCAGCCGAUUUCUUUUCUAUAGAAAAAAAAAUGUACUUCCUGGUUCAGAUGGUAUAUGGUCAUAGGGGAGCGCCUUGAAUUUAGCGGGUGAUGAAUAUACUUGGUUUUCAGACUAUCGUUAUA